AUGAAGCCAGAGGGACCGAAGUAUCGAAUUAUCACCGUUUCUCGAAUAUAUGCAGAUGUCAAUACUCCAGAAGAAAUACAGAAAGAGACAGACGAAUCAUCAGAUUUCAAAUUUUCUACACCAGAUAAUUACGAACUCAUCAAACCACUUGGAAGCGGUAAAUAUUCAGUUGUUUUCCUUGGUUGUAUGAAUGGCAAGACAAAGGUUGCUAUUAAAAUAUUAAAAUCAAUACCUUUAUAUAAAGUAUAUCGAGAAAUUGCAAUAUUGAAAAAAGUUUCCUCAGUACCAAAUGUUGUAGGAUUUACUGAUGCAAUUAAAGACGAGCAAAGCCGAACAAUUUCUAUUGUUACAGAAUAUUUUGACAAUGUUGCAUUUAAAUCGCUUGGUCCAGUUAUUUCAAUGAAUGAUAUUAGAAAUAUAAUGUACUCUUUACUCCAAUCAUUAGAUUGCUGCCAUAGCAAAGGAAUUAUGCAUCGAGAUAUUAAACCAGGAAAUAUACUCGUUCAUCAGAACAAAGCUCAAAUAUGCAUCAUAGAUUGGGGCUUAUCAGACUAUUAUUUAGCUCACCAACAAUAUUCUUGCAGAGUUUCAACAUUACGUUACAAAGCUCCAGAAUUACUCCUUAACUAUCAAUAUUAUGAUUAUGGAAUUGAUGUUUGGGGUGCUGGAUGCGUUUUUGCCGAACUCUUAUUUAAAUAUCCAUUCUUUGAAGGCAAAACAGUAGACGAGAUGAUUGCAUCUGUUGCAGGGUUAUGUGGAAUGGAUUCCAUUAUUAACUAUGUCGAAAAGUACGGUCUUUCAGUUCCAGAAGGUGCAAUGGCACUUUUCCCUUCAAAUCAGAAAGCUAAUUGGAAUUGGUACUUUUCAAUGUGCAGGCAGGCGAAGAAAGACGAAAAUGCCUUCGAUUUAAUUCAAAAAUUGUUAACUGUUGAUCAUAAUGAAAGGAUAACUGCCCAUGAAGCUUUAGAACACCCAUUCUUUGAUUCCAUUAGAGGGAAAAAGUGA